AUGGCGUCGAGCCUCGUUCCCAGGAUCAUCGUCCUUGCUCUUGGCGCCGGGGCGUUGGGGUUCCCCGACGCGCUCCGCCUCCUCCUCGACAUCGCGGGGCGGCGGAGCCCCCUAACCGACAUCGCCAUCUGCGUCUUCGCCAUGGCCGUGGUCACCGCCCAGGCCCUCGGCGCUAUGCUGCUGGUGCGCUUCGUCCGCAAGGCACCGCGCGCCGGAGGCGACGCGCACGCGGCCGGCGCGCCGCCGUCGCCGCCGCCGCGCACGGACCUCUUCGCGCAGGUGACCCUGGUCGUGUCCCUCGGCGUCGCCUUCCUCGUCUCCGCGUGCCUCCUCGUCGCGUCCGGAGCCGGUGCCCGAGGCCUCGGCCUGCUCUGCCUUGUUGUUGCCGACGUCGCCAGGAAGAUGAAGAGCCUCGUCAUCAUCGCGGCCCUUGCCACCGGCGCCGCCGUCCUCCCCUGCACCAGGCCUCUGCUCCGCGUCUUCGGCGAGGAGGGUCACUCGCAGGGGACGGCGACGGGGACGGGGAUGGAGCGCUUCGCCAGCAUGACCCAGGUGGCGAGCUUCAACGGGGCCGCCGCCUUCCUCCUCCUCGCCGUGUCCGGUGGCCUCUACAUACAACGCGGCUCCCUCGUCGACGUGGCCGUUGGCGUGGCCGCGGCGCGUAAUGCCGCCGGCGCAGGUGGCCGCGCUGCCCCUGCUUCUGCCGCGGACACGCGGCGCGUCGGCGGCAAGCUGACGAGGCUGGCGCCGUACCUGGCCGUCGUCUCCUUCGCCCUCCUCCGCUGCCUCGUCCUCACCACGUAUGCGCCGCUCGAGAGCGGGCCCGACGGCGCCAAGUACCCAUGGCCAUGCUCUGCUGUCUGCUCGAUUGAUGUCUGCAACGGGAACCGCAAGGCAGCUGUCGAUGUUCCGUGGUGGCCACUGGCCAGUACUAGUACAAAAUAG